AUGCCAUGGAACCUUCAAGGCCGGGUCGCAGUUGUGGUUGGAGCUUCGUCCACCGUUGGUCGGCAAGUGGCUUCACGGCUUGCUGAUGAGCACCGUAUGCGAUUGGCGUGCGUUUCCAGAAGGGGUUGCGGUAGCUCCCUUCCGUCGGGGUGCGUCGCAUUCAAAGCGGAUCUCACAGUCGCACCAGAGUCCGACACUGUAAUGAAGCAAGUGAAGGAAACACUUGGUCCUGUUUCUCUCCUUGUAAACUGCGCGGGAGUCACGCUCAACAAAAUUCAUGUGCGUUGCACAGACACGGACUACGAUGUACUUAUGAAUGUCAACCUACGGGGAGCGCUCCACAUCACGCGUUCAGCACUCCGUCAUGGUGGCAUGCUUCAGGUAGGGGACGGCUCUGUUGUACACAUCGGGUCUCUCGUGGGUUGUAUGGGCAAUGAGGGUCAGGUUAUUUACUCCGCUUCGAAAGCAGCACUGAGUGGCGCAGUGAAGUCGUGGGCGCGUGAGUAUGGCCCAAAGAACAUUCGCUUUAAUGUCAUUGCCCCUGCGUUAAUUGAAGGCGAAGGAAUGGCCACAACGUUGACGGAGAAUCAAAUCGAAGAGUGGCGGCAGCGCUGUCCGCUACGGCGUUUGGCUACGGUAACUGACGUAGUUGAUGCAGUUGUGGGUGUAGCAUGCUGCCCCUUUAUCAGUGGGCAGACUAUACAUGUAGAUGGGGGAAUGUGGUGA